AUGGCACCCAGUGAACCUCGUAUAAACGCAUCAGGCUUGAAGCCCUUCGAAACAAAAGGUUUACCAGAGAGGCAAGCUCAGCCCCACGAAUCGGCGAUUAUUCAGUCGAUCAAAGAAAUGUACUCCUGUUCGCCAAUAGAGACCACAUUUGAUGUUUAUGCAAAUGACUCCCAGUUUCAUGACCCCAUCGGAAUCGCCAAUGGAAGGGAUUCCAUCCGCGCUCAAUUUGUAGGACUCGCAAAGAUUUUCGAGAAAGCUGAAAUUCCGAAAUUCCGUGUACUUGAGAAUCCAGCGUCUGUACCCGCCAGUACCAUUCUCAUUGACCAAGAUGUGUCAUAUUAUCGUGACUCAAGCAAAGAGCCAACUAAGACGCUGAAUUCACUGUUGACAAUCACGACAAACGACAAACACCAAAUCUUGCAUCACACCGAAGAAUGGAAUCACGAGAAGAGCGUGUCUUCAGAGGACGGGUUCUUUGGAAUGCUCAACGAGCAACGCAAGAAACUGACAGCAACCCUUACUCACGUCGCUGUCGGAAAGGACAAAACAGAGUGA